AGGCCCACAGACCGAGAGAGAGGGCGAGAGGGAAACAGAGAGCCUUGGUCCCUUGGCGGCGAGCGAGGGCGAAAGAGAGAGGGAAUUGGUGGGGGAUAGGAUUUGAGAGGCUUCCAUUCACAAGGUUGGCCUAAAGAGGAGAAAGAAGAAAGCAGGACGAGACAGGUGAAGAAGAAAAGGAAAGGGAGAGAAUGGCUUACGCUCAAGCAUCUCAACCCAUCUGCAGUCUCAUAAGCAAAGGUUUUACAGAUGGGGGCUCUGCGUAUCUCAGACCUUCGGGCACUCUACUCCACCUUUCAUCUCGGAAGAUAUCGGGAAUGUCCACUACCUUUGCUAGGGGCUCCCCACUUCCUUACUACUUGAUGCACUUAGUUUGGAAGACUUGCCAGCAUACAACCGCAAGAAAAAAUUGUGCACUUUCCAUCAGAUGUGAGCAAGGUACAAAGGGAAGCAACAGCUUAGAUAUAUGGCUGGGGCGUUUAGCAAUGGUGGGAUUUUUAUCGGCAGUUUCAGUUGAAGUGGUUACAGGGAAGGGACUCUUGGAGAAUUUUGGGCUUACAACUCCUUUACCAACGGUAGCCUUGGCUGUUACUGCAUUAGUUGGAGCGCUGACUGCAGUAUUUAUUUUUCAAUCCGCAGCAAGAAAUUGAUAGAUAUAAUUCGAGAUUCGGUCUAGCGUUUAAGCUACGACCGAUUUUUUAUUUGUUAUCUUUGUAUUUUAGACGCAAUACUUGUGCUCAAGUUGUUUGCGGCAGUGGGAAAAAGUUGCGGAAAGGAAAAUUAGGGAAUUUAAUGCA